GAAAAAAAGUUCGUCAUUUCCUCGCCACACCCUGGUUCGUGAAGCACAGAGCAUCAAGAUCUCUCUCUCUCUCUCUCUCUCUCUCUCUCUAUCUUUCUCUGUGUCUCUCAUUCUCUCUGGUAUCGAAAAUGAGCAAAGGACCAGGUCUCUUCACCGAUAUCGGCAAAAAAGCCAAAGAUCUUUUGACUAAGGACUACAACUCCGAUCAGAAACUCACUGUUUCAUCCUACAGCAGCGCCGGAGUGGCCAUCACUUCAACGGCUCUGAAGAAAGGAGCACUCUCAACUGGGGAUGUAGCAGCACUGUACAAGUAUAAGAACACUAUUAUCGAUGUUAAACUUGACACAGCAUCAAUUAUCUCCACAACCCUCACAUUCACUGACAUUCUUCCGUCCACGAAGACUAUUGCUUCAUUUAAACUUCCUGAUUAUAAUUCUGGCAAGUUAGAGGUCCAAUACUUCCAUGAUCAUGCUACCUUAGCGACAGCCGUUGCACUGAACCACUCAAAUCCUGUCAUUGAUGUUUCUGCAACCGUUGGUACCCCAAGCAUUGCUUUUGGUGCUGAGGCAGGCUAUGACACUACAUCUGGUGGUUUUACAAAAUACACUGCUGGGAUUAGUGUCACGAGACCUGAUUCAUCUGCUUCAAUAAUCCUUGGUGACAAGGGUGACAGCAUUAAAGCAUCAUAUGUCCAUCAUCUGGACCUAUUGAAGAAGAGUGCUGCUGUUGCAGAGAUCACUAGAAAGUUCUCAACAAAUGACAACAUUUUUACAGUAGGAGGGUCUUUUGCUGUUGACCAUCUGACACAGGUCAAAGCAAGGCUCAACAACCGUGGAAGGCUUGGGGCCCUUCUGCAACAUGAGAUCAUACCAAAGUCAGUGUUGACUAUUUCCGGUGAGAUUGACACCAAGGCCCUGGAUAAAAAAGCCAAGUUUGGAUUGGCCAUUGCCCUCAAACCUUGAGGGUUUUUAUUCAUUUUUAGAAAAGUGAUUCGAAUUCCAAACUUCAUUCAAUUUUUUUGGUGGCCCUUGAAAGGAGGGGAAAUAAUUAAGCUCCACAGAUGAGCAUUUCUAGGCUCUUCAUGAAUUGAUAAAAUAUUUCAAUAACUUGGAAUCCACGAGUGGCUUCUGUUUCCCAAUUUUUAUUGAAUUUUCUGCUUUUCCUCCAACAUUGUGCUACAAGAUUUGGAGGUCCUGUUGUCUUGGAGGAUUUUUAUCCAGUGUCUUUUUCUUACAAUUCUAUUUUCGAGAUUGUUUUCUGUCA